UCUAAUUACAGGCAUUUAAAAUUUUGUUACUUUUGCCUUAGUGCCUGCCACAUUUCAAUUUGGUUUAGCUGUCUGUUUGUAUGGAUGUGCAGCCAUAUGGGCGUAAAAGCGAUAUAUUUGUGGAAAUAUUGUUGUAUGUGUGAUAAUUUCCGCUUCUAAACAAAUAUUGAAACAAUUCUUUGCUUUAAGUAGUCAUCUUAAGAGGAACCAACUGAGCGUACACGCGGCACACUUUCACAAGCAAGCAACGGGCGAACAGUUGGAGAAUACCCGCCGAUCGCAUAAUCGAUAUUAAAGUGUUUUAGAAGUGAUAAGUGCGAGUUUAGUAAAUAUUACAAGGGAUAAAGUGAAAUUUGCAAAGAAAAUUUCGAGAAAAUUAUUAAAAAGAAGACUGAUAAUAAUUACAGAAUUUUAAAAUUUGAGCGCCGUCGGCUUUGCCAUAUAUUUAAAAACCUAAAAAAAACCCGACAUAACCAUAAAACCACUCGCCGUAAUGCCCGGACAAUACACGCCACCCACAUCGCCCACCCCAUCAGAUCAAACCAUAGCGCACGAUAUGCACCACAACAGCAUGACGCCGCCGCCACAAACGCUAACCACCUACUCACCCAACUCCAGCAGUUCCACCAUAUACUCUUGCGCUUCCGCGGCCACAACCAACUCACCACCGCCGGCGCCGCAGAAGGAGUCGCGCAUGUUGCGCACACCGAAAUGUGCACGCUGUCGCAAUCACGGCGUCAUCUCUUGUGUCAAAGGUCACAAAAAGCUUUGUCGCUGGCGUGAAUGUUGCUGUCCGAACUGUCAGUUGGUUGUCGAUCGGCAGCGUGUGAUGGCCGCCCAGGUGGCGUUGCGACGCCAGCAAUCUAUGGAAGCAUUGGAGGCACAGUCGAGUGGUCAGAGCGUGUUGAGUGAAGGUGCUACAGCAACAAGCACAACAACACAAACGUGCGGUAAUGCGGAUGUUAAAGCAACUUCCAGUUCAUUUCGCACCAAACAGGCGUUGAUCGCACAAAAAAAGAUCUACAAGCAACGUUUGCGCUCACUACAACAAACAACGCUGCACAUAACCGCUGCUAUGGAAGAAUACAAGCAACGUUUUCCCACCAUUAAUUCACCGUUACUGGAGCGUAUCCGUAAGCGACGCGCCUUCGCCGAUCCCGAACUGAAUUGGGUGAAUCUGGAUGCCGCCACAUUGCUGUCUACAACGACGCCUCUAACACAAUUUCACACGACCGACGUGCCGCAUGCAACAAUCGCCAUGCCCAAUACGCUGCCACACGGUCAUGGUAGCGCUUAUAUGGGCUCACCGCCACUGCCGCCCUACUUUGUCACGCCCACAUUGUUUCCAGCAGCUGCGCCUGACACCUAUUCCUUCUGCAGCAACUUCGAAAAAUGUCCUGCCGUUGCUCCGCCAUCCAUCGACUCGCAUUAUGCCCCUUUGUCGCUGUGGCAUACCAACCCCUUGUCAACGCCGACAGCACUAACUUCUUCUGCGCAAGUGACACCUGCUACCACACCGAAUGGUGCGCAAGCGCAGAGUGUGGACUUAAUUACGCCCGUUAAGAAGCCAAAACUUAGCUUUUCCAUUGAAUCAAUUAUUGGCGUUAGCUUAUAA